AUCCCCUGGGGGCAGGUGGGGGGCUUGGACUGCUGGGUGGGAAGCGGGUGUCGAGCGAGGUGCCCGUGUCCGGGCGUGGAGCGCCCAGGGGGCUUCUCUGGAGGGGCAGGAGCCGGUGCCCCUGGCGGAGCGCGGGAGCGUUCGGCCGCGCAGGGACGCCGGGGUUUCGCAGGCUCCGCGAGCGCUCGGGGGAAGGGCGGCUCGGGAGGGCGGCGGGAGCUUGGACAUUGCGAGCGGGACCUGCCGCCUGCUUCUCCGCCCCUCGUGCCGUUUCUGGCCACACUUCGUCCGGCGCGUAUUUAUACUCAACUUUGUGACCACUUAGGUUCCUCCCUCUUGAGCCUGUGGCCACUUGGCUGGAGCAGAUGCGCUUCCUUCCACUUGGGGGUCCAGCCCACUGGGUCCCUGUAGCCGGGGUGAGGGAGGCCAGGGCCUCAGAACCCCGCGCUUCCAACUGUGAUGGCACCGCCGUUCUCCAGGACUCGGAGUGGGCGCCCGGCCUCCCACCCCGCGCAAUGACCGGCAUCCAGAGCAUGGACUGGCGGGGUGGAAACGGUUGCACCUCCACCCAGGGGACGCACCCCCACCCCGGGCCGCGUCCUGUUGGUCCCGGGCUUCUCUGGGGUCCGGGCUGGUAGAGAAAAGGGAAGGACAAUAGGUCGCUAGGGUGGAAGAGAAAGGCGCCGCCGCCUCCGACUCGCAGGAUGCGCCCCCGGGCCCACUGUGGCGUGGCCACUCCUCCUCGCCACCCGCGGGCGCGGGGCUGAGAGCGCGCUGAGGCAGAGGUGGCAGAAAGGCAUGUCACGGGGGUGGGGGACAAGAUUGAGCAGAAAAGUCAAGGCAGGGGUUCGCUAGAAGGAACCAGGCAGGCGGGAGACAGUGAGGAAAGAGGAGGCGCCCGGUGCGCAGAGGAGGGGGGCGUCGCGGUCGCGGAUGGAGGGGGAGCAGGGUGAGGACGGGAAGACCGCGGCGGGGCCGGGUAGGAGCACCUCCGGGUCCGGGAGGUCGCGCCCAUGGGCCCCCGGCCGACUCCGGCGCCAGUCGGGGCGGGUGCGGCUUCCCGCGGCCCAGAGCGCGGCUCCGGAGCCACCGUCCACCGCGUGUGCACCCGAGCCUUUGUCUGCGCCUCGCUCCGGAGCCGCGUUUCCGCGGCGCCUUCUCUGGGCCGACGCUCUUCCAGGAUUGCUGUUUCGGUUUCCCGCUCCCAACUGCGGCUCAUUCCCAGGCUUUGGCCGACCCGGGUCUCCAGGGCACCCGAGGUUGAGCCCCUCCCUGCGGCCAAAGCUGCUCCGGGCUCACCGCCCGCUCAGGCACCUCUGGGGUGCAGCCCCCGGGCUGGCGAGCUUAUUCGCGCCGGGAUCGGCCGCUCCUUGCAACCCCGCUUCCCGGGCACAGGCAAGUCCACGGCGGCCGCGUGGUCAGCGGCCUCUGGUACACCCGUGCGGGCUCCGGCUAGCGAGUCGCUGCUUGCACUUGAUUGGCUAGCGGGGCGCGGGCCCAAUGCUCCCGAAGUCCUCUGACCCCUAAGUCCUCCCCCAGGUGUCUGCCUCCCACCCCUGCUGCAGUCUAGGUGGGGAAGGGGUGUGGAGAUGGGUGUGCAUGGACAGAGCAUGUGGCCUUUUCUGUUGGCCAGAGAUGUGGUCAGUAGAAGCACUUUUCCCUACUGAAGUGCCCUUUGGCCACGCAUUGAAGGUGGUAGAGGAUGGGGCCCCACCAGUUCUCCCGGGGUGUUGGCAUCAGCCAUAGGCCUGGUCUAGGACUGGGGUUCCUCCUGGUCCCCUAUCUGGUGGGCUUGUGAAUUCUUUCUUAAAAAAAUAAACAUUUAUUUUUCUCAGUUGACCUUUGAUUUGGGGUAGGGGUUGAAGAACGCUCUAUCUUGCAGUGACAAGCUGCUCUGGGGGAAAGGUGGUGCUACUGAGGCACGGGAUUGUAGGCUUUUGGAAAAAGCCCGCGGUCCUGAAAUGAUGGGGCUUCUGUUGGUGCUGCUGAAACUGCUGUUGGUUCGUGUGUUCAGGGCCCUUCUGGAUGUUGUGAAGGGGAAGAAAGAUCGCAGCUCUGGAUAGAGGGUGGAGUCCUCUCGGGAUUCCUAGCAGGCUCUCCCUUUAGGAACACAAUACCUGGAGAGGAGAAGGGUCUACUCUGCAGAAAGGCCCAGCUAGGAGAAGCUGGUGCAUCAGAGAAACCAGACUCAUCAGGGAACACUCAAGAAAGGCCCCCUCGCCCCACACCCUGCCCUGAGCAGUAGCUUUGGCCUUGAACAGGAGCAAAAGGUUAGGACAGUCUUAUUUGGGACAUGACUGAGGUAGUAAACAAGAAGAUACUUUUAAACAAAAUUAUCAGACCCACUUCACUCAAGCUUGGGAAGGGGAUAGAUUAUUAAAAGAGAGUAGCCAAUUUCUGCUCUGACACUCUUAUCUCUACCUUUUGGGUCUUUGUUUCUGUCUGUUGCUGCAUGACGAGCCACUGGUCUGAAUUGCUAAAGUACCGAAGUUUGACAGAUUUUUCUGAUAUGUAUCAUUUAAAAAAUCAGUCUUUUGAAAAAGAAUUUCUAGAUUCUGUAAAAAUUUAAAAAUGGCCAAAUGCAUACAAAUGUGUCUAAUUGUUGAGUGUCAUUCCUUUUUUUUCUUUCAGUUUGAUCUUCUGUUGGUCUGAUAUGCAAGUUGUCACGUAAAGGCUGUUUUGUCCAAUUACUGUUUGUAUGAAUGCUGGUUUUAUUUUUAUUACCAUCGAAAGCAAAUCAUGUGUAGAGGGUAUGAUAUGCCAGCUCCGCUUCUGUCCAUUUUAGCUCUGCGUUUUGGCUCUUCACACUGACCGGCUGGUUCCCUCACUCAUGCACCGAACAACACUUAGUAAGAGCUACCGCCAGGACCCAGGCCCCAGAGACAGAAAGAAAGAAAGAAGCCUAGUAGAAGCUACGAAGCUGCUGUGGGAGCUUCCCACUCUGCCAUCCAGUAAUAGAGACAGAGUCCACUAGAAGCAGGUUUGACGUUAAUGCCCAGGGGUCAGUGGCCACCAUGCCCAGUGCCCUUACUCUGCCCUUAUCAGGCCAUUGCUGACUUCACCUCAUCACCUGCCAUCUGCCUCUAGUUGCUGAUCUCUGGCCUCCUCCUCAAGCACCCAGCUUCAUACUUUCUUGUGAGCAAAGUUGCCAUCGGAGUAGGAAAAACUCUUGUGCCUAGAGAGCCCAGUGUUUGCUUGUGCAAUGGAGAGCGGAGAAGUCACGUGGGACAGACCAGUGUGAGUGGCAUUUGGUCUUCCAGAAAAGAUAACAUAGGUUGUCUGCGCUGGUGAUCAGUGUGGCUGCCCUGAUGUAACACGGCUGCAGGGCGUGCAGAGAUCAGGAACUCUGAGGCACGCCUGUGGAUAAGGAGAACAGUCAGAAGCCACAAAUACGCCCGCACCUCUCUCUGUUUGUGUUUCCCUGGUUAGCUACUCUGAUGACAUAAAGAGAUACAGACAAAGGAAAACCCCGGCUGGUCAAGGAGGAUACUGAGAAAGUUAGCAAAAUAAGAUGGGAAAAAAAUGGUGAAUGCAGACUGCGGCUAGCUUCAGACUACAGUUGAUUGCCAAAUAUUCAAAACAGGAGAUGUGUAUGCUCCCAGGAAUUGUGGAGUUUAAAUGUGCUCCACACUCAUCAGUAACCACUCUUACUGUUUCUUGAGACAUAAGAUACUGUGUGGCCGACACUUGAACAAACUGAGAUAAAUAUGAUCUCUUUUAAGAGCAAAUGUGUUUAACACGUACAAACUACACUAGACUCGCCAUUAACUUCUGUUUGUGGGCUCAGGGAGACUGAGGUUGCAGAAUGCGAGAACAACACUCAGCAGUGGAAAUGGGUCUAAAUCAGCCAACAGCUAACUCACAGAUACUUGUUGAGUAUCUACUGAGUGUAAAUUGUUUGAGGGAGAUUAAAAUAAUGAUAACAGGUCCCCCAAAGGACUUGAAAUAUAGCUAUGGACACCUACAAAAAUGACCAGCAAAGCAAGGCAUGACUUCUUCCGGCAGAGCCAGGGUGUGGACGUGAGUGUCACAGUCCUCCGUGGAAGGGUGACCUAUUUUUUGGUAAGGAAAUCAGAAUGGACUUAAGGCCAAAGGGCAGAGCUGUUUAAACUGGUGGGAUUCUUUAGGUUAUUAAUACUUACUUUCAAGAAAUUGCACUUUUAAUUUUGAGAAACCUGCAUGAGAAAAUUCAAAUGAGAAGCAGAAGAAACAUUAGAAGAUGGUGUCAUCUGCUAUCUCAAUCAGUAUAUUAGUCUUAGAUCAUUUCUGCACGUAAAACUUUUUCCACUCCAAUAGGGAAAAAACUCAGUGCAAUAGUCAGUCAAGCAAAUAUUAGGAUUUUGUUUACUAUACAGCAGGUUAAACAUAGUGUGGUGCACAUUUCACCAACGAAUACAUUGUUAAUUUUUGUUUGUUUCGAAACAGCUGAUGCAAUCUGAGAGAAAAAAUAAUUUUCAUGUAAAAUGAAUAUUUUCCCUUAAAAGGAAAACUCUUAGUUGUAAUUCAAAACAUUUUAAUUUCCUUUUAAAAUGUAAAUUAGGCUCCUCCAGCUGAUCAUUUCUCUAAGUCUGUCUAAAGGAAAACUCCACAGUGACAGAGGAACUCAAAAUCUUGCAAGGAAAUCAGAAGGUAUCCAGUACUCUUGUGUUCUUUGUAGCACUCACCACUUGCUGAAAUUAUCUUGCUCACUUACUGGCUUAUCAGUUUAUUGCCUGCUUUCCCUCUCUGGAAAGGAAGCUCCAUGAGAGCCUGAGGGCAGUGUCAUUUUUGGUUGUUUCCCUGAGACUGUUCACAGUGGCUGACACACAUAGAGAAGGUACUCAAAUACUUCUGUUGGAAAUUCAAAGAUGAAAGCCAAAAUAAAUCUAAACAGAACAAAACAUGGUGCCUGUCUUCAAGAAACCUAGACAUCGAUGAGCACUCUUUGAAAGCUUCCUUUGUAUGAGCCUCUGUUCUAUGGACUCAGGAUUCCGAGGUGUAUGAGACAAAAUCAGUUAUUUCGAGGAGCACACAGAUCACAGAAGAGACGGACAAGAGUUCACAGACACGCUCACCCACAGACAGGCUGUAGGGCACUCUGCAGACAGUGAGAACCAGACGGCCUCUGACUGGGAGGUCCUGGAAAGGUUUCACAAGGUGUGAAGAGGCAGUGCCUUAGCUUUGCGAGAAGCCUGGGAAGGACCUUCUGAGGCCAAGGGAAAGGGAUCUUCUGAGGUUGCAGGGUGGAAAACAGCCUGGACAGGUGGUAGGUUGGGGACCCGGGUGAUAAGACAGGAGAGAGGAUUAUUUAGGCUAAGCUAAGGAUACUUUACAAUGACCCCUCAGAUGAGUGUAUAGAAACAGCUAUGGAAGACAGGUAGAAAGAAUCCCCUCUGUGCUGGAGCUGGGAUUCUGUGUGACUGGAGGGAGAGGGCUGAUCUUGGUGGCAGAGUCCUCGGCACAUGAGAAGAGGUAGGAGCUGGACCAGAGAUGGGGCCAUGCACAUGAAUGGUCGGGAGAGAUACAAGCAGGAGGUAGCAGUUAAUAGUCACACAUCCGGGUGGCUGGUUGGAUAAGGCAGGAGACAUCUGACUCCUUAGUUUCUGGAUUGGAAAGGUGUGUGUGUGUGUGUGUGUGUGUGUGUGAGAGAGAGAGAGAGAGAGAGAGAGAGAGUUGGGGUUGGAAUGGGAGUAGUUCCAUGCCCAGAGAAAAGAGAUAACAGAAUGGGAAGUAUGAGAAUUGAGCCCCUACUAUGUGUUAAGCAGCCUCCUUGGUAGUAGGGAUCAUCUCUGCUUGUAUGGUGCCCGCACUCUGGUGGUGCAGACAAGAACCAGCCAGGGAAACAAAAAAUACCAAGAGAGCUGCACAGCGAAUGCACACGGAGAGUGGCCUGUGCAGCUGUGUGGCUCCUUGCCUUGUUCCGUGCAGGUCUCUCUUCACAGGGGCAGUAGAAAUGCCCUCUGAGUGACAAGGUAUCGUCAGCCAUGCAGUUAUCGGGGGAAAAGCACCCUAGGCAGAGGGGGCUCACAAGGCAGAGGAGUGGGGUGACGGCCAUGCUGCUGGAGCUGAGCCCACCAGGCAGUGGCACGUGAGGUGGCAAAUGGGCCGGAUGAAGGCUUUGUCAGUCAGAGGAAAAAACUGCAGUUUACUCCGCAUGAAAGCAGAGGCUUUGGGGAGGUUUUGAGCAGUGGGUGAUCCAUGGUUUAUGAUCUCAGAAGCUCAUUCUGGCUGCAGUUUGGUGAAUGAAUCAAGGGAGAUGUCGUGGAUACAGGGAGUCCAUGGAGGCUACUGUCAUAGUCAAGACAAGAGCAAUGGUAACUUGGAUCACGGCGAUGAUGGUAGAAGCGAAAUGCCGCGGUGGUUCAGGAGGUGUUUGGAGGUGGCGUGUAUAAGACCUGCAGGUGGGUUGGAUAUGGGGAAGUCUAGGGAGAGAGAGGAAUCAAGAAUCCAUGCCUGGGUUUUUGGCUGGAAAGAUUGGGUAAAUGGUGAGGCUGUUCACUGGGAUUGGGAUGGGAAGCCUGGAGGAGGAACACGUGGGGUGCGCAAGGAAUCAGGCGUGGCGUUUGGUGGUGUUCAGUCUGAGAUGCAUGUGCUAGGAAGGCAGUUGGAUAAACAAAGCCUGGGAGGAUUUGAUCCAAAGGAUCGUUCAAGACUGCAGCAUAGAAACUGCAGUCACGGCAUCUAAAAUCAUGGGAUUGGAUGCCCCCAAGGACAGUAUAUAGAUGCCUCAGUGACAUUUUGACUCUGAGGGAAAUACAGACGGAGUUGGUUAAUCAACCAUAGCUGGGUGCAGUGUAAGUGCCUGGCUGAAGUUUGACACGCGAACGGACGGCCCUCUGGAAUUCUGUGCUAUGAGCCGGAGUAGAAAGAGAGAUUUGGACUCUGCAACACCAAGGUAGUCGUUGAAGCCACAGUCGUGAAUGGAGACCAGGAGUGAAUAGUGGGAGUGAGCAGAAGUCGGAGGAUAGGACAGAAGAAGGCAGAGCCAUGGAGCACCCUGGAGAGGUGUGACCCGGCGAGAUCCUGACAUGGAAGGUAGCACGGCCUGGAGUUCAGAAGCGGAGCCUCAACAGGGAAGAAGCCAGAUGCUCCAGAGAGCAGGUUUGACAGAUGAAAAAGUGAAGGCAUAUCUUUCUCUUCACCCCCAGGUAUUAGAUGAAUUUGUAUCUGAAAGUGUUAGUGCAGAGACAGUAGAGAAAUGGCUGAAGAGGAAGAACAACAAAUCAGAAGAUGAAUCGGCUCCUAAGGAAGUCAGCAGGUACCAAGAUACGAAUAUGCAGGGAGUUGUAUAUGAACUAAACAGCUAUAUAGAACAACGGUUGGACACAGGAGGAGACAACCAGCUACUCCUCUAUGAACUGAGCAGCAUCAUUAAAAUAGCCACAAAAGCCGAUGGAUUUGCACUGUAUUUCCUUGGAGAGUGCAAUAAUAGCCUGUGCAUAUUCACACCACCUGGGAUAAAGGAAGGAAAACCCCGCCUCAUCCCUGCUGGGCCCAUCACUCAGGGCACCACCGUCUCUGCUUAUGUGGCCAAGUCCAGGAAGACACUGCUAGUAGAAGACAUCCUUGGAGAUGAACGAUUUCCAAGAGGUACUGGACUGGAAUCAGGGACUCGUAUCCAGUCUGUUCUUUGCUUGCCAAUUGUCACUGCAAUUGGUGACUUGAUUGGUAUUCUCGAGCUGUAUCGGCACUGGGGCAAAGAAGCCUUCUGUCUUAGUCACCAGGAGGUUGCAACAGCAAAUCUUGCCUGGGCUUCAGUAGCAAUACAUCAGGUGCAGGUAUGCAGAGGCCUUGCCAAACAGACAGAAUUGAAUGACUUCCUACUCGACGUAUCAAAAACGUAUUUUGAUAACAUAGUUGCAAUAGAUUCUCUACUUGAACACAUAAUGAUAUAUGCAAAAAACCUGGUGAAUGCCGAUCGUUGUGCACUUUUCCAGGUAGACCAUAAGAACAAGGAGUUGUAUUCAGACCUUUUUGAUAUUGGAGAGGAAAAGGAAGGAAAACCUGUCUUCAAGAAGACCAAAGAGAUAAGAUUUUCAAUUGAGAAAGGAAUUGCUGGCCAAGUAGCAAGAACAGGGGAAGUCCUGAACAUUCCAGAUGCCUAUGCAGACCCACGCUUUAACAGAGAAGUAGACUUGUACACAGGCUACACCACGCGGAACAUCCUGUGCAUGCCCAUCGUCAGCCGAGGCAGCGUGAUAGGUGUGGUGCAGAUGGUCAACAAAAUCAGUGGCAGUGCCUUCUCUAAAACAGAUGAAAACAACUUCAAAAUGUUUGCCGUCUUUUGUGCUUUAGCCUUACACUGUGCUAAUAUGUAUCAUAGAAUUCGCCACUCAGAGUGCAUUUACCGGGUAACGAUGGAAAAGCUGUCCUACCAUAGCAUUUGUACUUCAGAAGAGUGGCAAGGCCUCAUGCAAUUCACCCUUCCCGUGCGUCUCUGCAAAGAAAUUGAAUUAUUCCACUUUGACAUUGGUCCUUUUGAAAACAUGUGGCCUGGAAUUUUUGUCUACAUGGUUCAUCGGUCCUGUGGGACAUCCUGCUUUGAGCUUGAAAAGUUGUGUCGUUUUAUUAUGUCUGUGAAGAAGAACUAUCGGCGGGUUCCUUAUCACAACUGGAAGCAUGCGGUCACUGUAGCACACUGCAUGUAUGCCAUACUUCAGAACAAUCACACGCUUUUCACAGACCUUGAGCGCAAAGGACUGCUGAUUGCGUGUCUGUGUCAUGACCUGGACCACAGGGGCUUCAGUAACAGCUACCUGCAGAAGUUCGACCACCCUCUGGCUGCUCUCUACUCCACUUCCACCAUGGAGCAGCACCACUUCUCCCAGACCGUGUCCAUCCUCCAGUUGGAAGGGCACAAUAUCUUCUCCACUCUGAGCUCCAGUGAAUAUGAGCAGGUGCUUGAGAUCAUCCGCAAAGCCAUCAUUGCCACAGACCUUGCUUUAUACUUUGGAAACAGGAAGCAGUUGGAAGAGAUGUACCAGACCGGAUCACUAAACCUUAAUAAUCAAUCACAUAGAGACCGUGUAAUUGGUUUGAUGAUGACUGCCUGUGACCUUUGUUCUGUGACAAAACUGUGGCCCGUUACAAAAUUGACGGCAAAUGAUAUAUAUGCAGAAUUCUGGGCUGAGGGUGAUGAAAUGAAGAAAUUGGGAAUACAGCCUAUUCCUAUGAUGGACAGAGACAAGAAGGAUGAAGUCCCCCAAGGCCAGCUUGGGUUCUACAAUGCCGUGGCCAUUCCCUGCUAUACAACCCUUACCCAGAUCCUCCCUCCCACGGAGCCUCUUCUGAAAGCAUGCAGGGAUAAUCUCAGUCAGUGGGAGAAGGUGAUUCGAGGGGAGGAGACUGCAACCUGGAUUUCAUCCCCAUCCGUGGCUCAGAAGGCAGCUGCAUCUGAAGAUUGAGCACUGGUCACCCUGACACGCUGUCCCACCUACAGUUCCUCAUCUUGCUUCUUUGACAUUCUUUUCCUUUUUUUGGGGGGGGGGGUUGGGGGGAACCUACACCUGGUAACUGGGGUGCAGACCUCUUCAAGAAGGUAACAUCAAGUAAAUAAGUCAAGCAGAGGACUUCCUGCCAAUCUCUUCUGUGAGGCAUCAUAGACACUGAGCAACCAGGACCACCCCCAUGUUCAGAAAUCAGCUGGCCAAGUGACUCCAUUUGACUUGCAAACCAGCCUUUUCUAAUAGGCUAAUAUUGCUGAGGCCUUAAAGGAAAUGGACAAAAAUUAUUCAGAAGGGGUACUUUUCCAUUGUAUCUUUCUAAUAAGGGUUUAAAAUGGUACUAUUAUGGUAUUGUACUUGGGCUUUAACAUCAAUGUUGCUUUGAUGUUGUUGGAUAUAAAUAGGAAUUUUUACACAUUACUAUUGUGAAUGGUGAAUGUUCAUGUACGACCUACUUGUAAUUAACUUGAGUUGUAGUCCACAGCCUCAGGACAAAUGUCGUUGAGGUUACAGAGUAAGAAAUGAUGGCAAAACGUCAAACUCUUAUUUAAGAGCUUCAUGAAUUUAGUUAGACUAAACAUAAUUCUUUAAGUUCAACCUAAAGGGCUGAGAUCAAUAAAUUUAACACUAAAAGAAGUAGACUUCCUGUCUUUUUGAGAGGAUACGAGGUAUAUGUUACAAUAAAUCUCAGAACUUCAAGUAGCAGUUCAAAAGAUGUCAGUUUUUAAAAUUGUUUUUGUUGUUGUCUUGGCAGUUUUACUGAACCCUUUGCAUAAAGAACAAAAUAAAAGCAAGGCAUUGUAAUUUUUUUAAUGGACAAGUCUAAUGGAUACGAAGGGUACAUUUUUCAUAAUGAUUCCUUUAUAUUUUCACUUUGUGUCAUUGCAGAGUUUUAGACUCUCAUUCACAAUGAAAAGUUUAUUUUAAACAUUGUUUAAUUAAAAUGCCAUACAGUUCUCUUUUAAACAUCCAACCAUAAAAAGUGUAUUUUGUGAUUUUACUCUGA